AGUAUAAACAAUUUUUGCUUGUCAAUUAUAACUCAAUAAAGCUGGGGCAGGUAGGGGACGCGGCAGUAUAAUAAAAACCCCUCACCUAUCUGCUUGCACAAAUGUAAGCAGAUUUCCAUCUGGGCAGCUUUUUUCAAACUUGGCAUUUGCAUCCUCACAAGAUUAUUUAACCCCUUAUGCUUAAAAAAAAACAAAACAAACAAAAAACAAAACUACAGACUUCAUCAGUCUUUGUGCUAAUGUCUUCUUGUUGAGGAAGGAUCUCCUUCAGGGUGGGACAAUGCGCUUAGCAGUCACAUCUCUGUGACCACAAAGGCUGCUUCUCAUUUAUACCAGGAGAAAUGUUGCCAGCACAACCGCUGUGUAGGCUUAAGCAAAUUGUUUUCACCCUGUGAGCCUCAGGCCCCUCUUCUAUAAGAUGAAAAAACACCCUUGUUUGGGAGUAUCUAAUAAGAUGCUGACAUGAAAAGGCCUUAUGAACACAAAAGUGUGGCACACCUGUGUGUUCUCUCAGUGCCGCUGGGAGUGUGCAUUUGCUGAAUGUGUGUCAUCUACAAGCUGGUUAAGGAUGGAAAAUGCCUUCCUUCCUAACAUUCAGAAGGGAAUGAAAACCCUCUUUCCUCCUAGAAUACAGAGGAGGAAAGAACUUCAUCUUUACACCCAAGCCAAGACACCAGAGAUUCUUGACAUGUUCAGAUAUGACUUGGGGAUCAUAAAAUGUUCAGGAAACCCUGUGGGACUGACUUAGUUUUUUUUGCCUAUAAUUCGUGGGCACCCGGGGUCCAGCCACCCCAUCACCUAGGCCUCAGAUGCAGGUCUGAGGCCUCCAGGCCCACCAUCCCUCAGGCCUUGGGAGGUGGCUAUGAGAACACCCCCUUCAGUUAAACUGCACCCAGGAUGCCAGCCCACCCAGCUGUGAAAGCCCCUGGGAGGAGGGCUCAUUGCGGGACAUCUCUGUGGGAGCUGGCAACUCAAGGGACACAGUGACAUUUGCUUUCCUCAGGAAAUUGUGUGUGCUCCUUCUUCACCUGUACCCCUUUGAACAGACAGCAGCUCCAUGAAAGUUCUCUUUGCAGUGGAUUCCAGCCAGGAAUAGGCAAGGUCCAUGGCCAGCCACUGCGUCCCGUGGCCUUCCAUGGUGUGAAGGACACCCUGGGCGCAGUGCCUCCAGAAGCUCUGUUGUGCAAAUAUCCCACUGUCUUCAACAAAUACAUUGCAGGGAAAUAAGGAACAACAGGGGUCCUGUGAAGGAGGCAGAAAAUCCAGCCUGAUGGCUAGCAGUGGUGUUUGGAGAUGCAGCGGAGCAGGCAGCAGUGAAGAGUGUCAGGAGGGCAGGCCGCUCCGGGAGGCUGUGGGGGCAUCGCUUCUCCCAGGUCCAGGAGGACCUGCAGGGGGCUGGCCCGCACAGCCAUCCUUUCUGCACCCCCCACUGCCCUGUCCAGGAGGGAGUGGGGCAUGUAUUGGAGCAUACAUGAUGCACACACAUUCUGCAUGGCUGAGGCAGCUCAGGGCCAAGCUCCUGGUGGGAGAGUGGGCUCUCUUUCCAGCCUUUCCUUUCUUCCUGGUGCUGUGGUCUGAAUGUGUGUCCUGAAGAUUCACACGUUGAAAUGCUCACCCCCAAGGUGACAGGAUUAGAACGUGAGCUUUUGGAGGUGAUCAGUCAUGAGAUAAGGCUGCAUAAUGGCAUGACCGUUAUUCCAGAGACCCUUGCCCUCUUUCCGAUUGAGGACACAUGAGAGAUGUUGACCAUUACCUGGAAGAGCUUGGGGUACCCUGUGAGGACACAGAGGCCUGGCACUGGAUCAGGGAUGGGGCGAAGCCUGGAGGCACAGAGCAGAUUCCGAGCACCCCUGUCUUCCUCACCCUCACUCCUGCCACAGCCUGAGCUGUCCUCCUAGGCCCAGCUUCAGACCCUGGCUGGCCGGCCCCUUCUUUGGCUCCCUGGUGCUGGCAGCUGGGACCCUGUUGGCAGCACACCUCAGGAUAGGUGCCCCCGGGUGCGGGGUGCAGGCUCCCUCCUCCCUCCAUGGAGGCCCCUGUGGAUAGAGCCUCAGCUCCUCCUCUGGACCUAGGCCCACCCUGGCACAGGGCUCCCACUGGGUGACCCUCUCUGGCUGCUCCUCCCCCAGUGGGGCCUGCCUAGUGCCUGGUCCACACUUCUUCCUGGCCAGGGCCGUGGGGACGGGGUCAGCCCCUCUUGGGUAUGAAGCAGGGUGCCAUCAGCAUCUCUCCCCAGGGCUGGUCCCUCCCCCCGGGCAGGCUGAGUUCUCACAGGACACCCCGCUGUUCCCACGUAAGGAUGACUCUGAGACCCAGCUGAGGCCUCCAGGAGGGCCCCUGGUGGGCAGCGGCCUGCCACAGGCCUGGGCCUGGCCAAGCAGGGUGCACCAGGCUCCUGCCCCCAUCCUUCAACUGCUGGCCCUCAGGUGGGUGCUGGGUCCUUCUAGGGGGUGGUCCUGCGUCCCCUCUGGGGGCAGUACUGGGGCUGCCUCAAGAUCCAUCCUGGGCUCCCCUUGGGAUGGUCCCUUGUCUCCCUCAGAGCCUUCCUGGGUCCCCCAGGCUCCUUCCUGCCCCAUACUCCAGGAUGCUGGUUUGAGGUGAGGGGAGCAGACCAGCUACGGCCCCUGGCCAGCAUUACUGCUGAGGACACAGGGUCCCCCCAUCCCUGGCUGUGGUCCCCAGCCUGCAUCACUGCUAAGGACAAGGGUACCCCUGUCCCUGGCUGUGGCCCCCAGCCCGCAUCACUGCUGAUGACACAGGCAACCCUGGCCUCCAUCCCUGCUGAGGACACAGGGUCUCCCCGUCCCUGGCUGUGGCUCCUGGCCCACAUCACUGCUGAGGACACAGGUGUUCCCAGUCCCUGGCCGUGGCCCCCGGCCUCCAUCACUGCUGAGGACACAGGUGUCUGUUCCCUGUCCCUGGCCGUUGCCCCCCGGCUGGCAUCACUGCUGAGGACACAGGGUCCUGCAUCCCUGGCUGUGACCCCUGGCCUCCAUCAUUGCUGAGGACACAGGCCCCCCUCCCUGGCUGUGGCCCCGAGCAUCUGCCCUUUGCCUCCCACAGGGCCAAGGGUAAAACUGAAUCCGGGACGGUGACUCCCGGGUUAUUUUGGAGCUGGGCUGGGCCAGCCUGGCCGGCACAGGGGGUGGGGUGGGGGCGGGCCCAGCCUUCUCCAACUGACAGUGUCUGCCUGUCCUUUUGUCCCCGACCAGUUGGAGGAGCGGCUGGAGUGUGGGCUGCUGGUAGGCAGCCUGCUGGUCCUGGGCCCUCGGAGGGAGGUGAGACCCGGCAGCCCCCGCCUCCCAGCCAGCACCCCCGGCCUGUGUGCUGCCCAGAGCCCCCACAGGGAAAGGUCCCCGCCGCCACCCUCAUGGAUCAGCCACAGUUCAGCGGGGCGCCCCGCUUCCUCACCCGGCCCAAGGCCUUCGUGGUGUCGGUGGGCAAGGAUGCCACCCUUAGCUGCCAGAUCGUGGGGAAUCCCACGCCACAGGUGAGCUGGGAGAAGGACCAGCAGCCGGUGGCGGCGGGCGCGCGCUUCCGUCUGGCCCAGGACGGCGACCUCUACCGCCUCACUAUCCUGGACCUGGCGCUGGGCGACAGUGGGCAAUACCUGUGCCGCGCGCGCAAUGCCAUAGGCGAGGCCUUCGCCGCUGUGGGCCUGCAGGUGGACGCGGAGGCCGCCUGCGCCGAGCAGGCGCCGCACUUCCUGCUGCGGCCCACGUCCAUCCGCGUGCGCGAGGGCUCAGAGGCCACCUUCCGCUGCCGCGUGGGUGGCUCCCCGAAGCCGGCAGUGAGCUGGUCCAAGGACGGGCGGCGCCUGGGUGAGCCUGACGGCCCCCGCGUGCGCGUGGAGGAGCUCGGUGAGGCGAGUGCGCUGCGCAUUCGGGCGGCGCGGCCGCGCGACGGCGGCACUUAUGAGGUCCGCGCCGAGAACCCGCUGGGCGCCGCCAGCGCCGCUGCCGCGCUCGUGGUGGACUCGGACGCCGCGGACACUGCCAGCCCUCCCGGGACCUCCACUGCCGCGCUCUUGGCGCACCUGCAGCGGCGGCGCGAGGCCAUGCGCGCCGAGGGCGCCCCGGCCUCACCGCCCAGCACAGGCACGCGCACCUGCACUGUGACCGAAGGCAAGCACGCGCGCCUCAGCUGCUACGUGACCGGCGAGCCCAAGCCCGAGACGGUGUGGAAGAAGGACGGCCAGCUGGUGACCGAGGGCCGGCGCCACGUGGUGUACGAGGACGCGCAGGAGAACUUCGUGCUCAAGAUCCUCUUCUGCAAGCAGUCGGACCGCGGCCUCUACACCUGCACGGCGUCCAACCUCGUGGGCCAGACCUACAGCUCCGUGCUGGUCGUAGUGCGCGAGCCCGCGGUUCCCUUCAAAAAGCGGCUGCAAGAUCUGGAGGUGCGGGAGAAGGAGUCGGCCACGUUCCUGUGCGAGGUGCCCCAGCCGUCCACUGAGGCCGCGUGGUUCAAGGAAGAGACGCGGUUGUGGGCGAGCGCCAAGUACGGCAUCGAGGAGGAGGGCACCGAGCGCCGCCUAACCGUGCGCAAUGUCUCGGCCGACGACGACGCUGUGUACAUCUGCGAGACGCAGGAGGGCAGCCGCACGGUGGCGGAGCUCGCAGUCCAAGGCAGGCGGGGCCGGGCACGGGGGCAGCUUCGGGGAGGUAGCGAGGGCAAGGAAGCACCGAAGAGGGAGGCGGGGGGAGCCAGGCCGGACGGGCUGGGCGGGCACGGGGACGGGCAGGGUGUGGACGGGCUGGGCUUGCGAGGAAACCUCCUCCGAAAGCUCCCUCGGAAGACGGCGGUGCGCGUGGGCGACACGGCCAUGUUUUGCGUGGAGCUGGCGGUCCCGGUGGGCCCCGUCCGCUGGGUGCGGAACCAGGAGGAGUUGGUGACCGGGGGCCGCGUAGCCAUCUCCGCAGAGGGCACGCGCCACACACUGACCAUCUCCCAGUGCUGCCUGGAGGAUGUGGGCCAGGUGGUCUUUAUGGCUGGCGACUGCCGGACGUCCACCCAGUUCUGCGUGUCGGGCCCCAGGAAGCCUCCCCUGCAGCCCCCUGUGGAUCCUGUGAUGAAGGCCAAGACAGAGAGUUCCGUGAUCCUCAGCUGGUCCCCACCACCCCAUGGGGAGCGCCCUGUCACCAUUGACGGCUACCUGGUAGAGAAGAAGAAACUUGGCACCUACACGUGGAUCAGGUGCCACGAUGCUGAAUGGGUGGCUACACCUGAGCUGACCGUGGCUGAUGUGGCUGAGGAGGGGGACUUCCAGUUCCGAGUGUCAGCUCUCAACAGCUUUGGUCAGAGUCCCUACCUGGAGUUCCCGGGGACUGUCCACCUGGCUCCCCAGCUGGCCGUGAGGACACCGCUGAAGGCAGUGCGGGCAGUGGAGGGUGGCGAGGUCACUUUCUCCGUGGACCUUACGGUGGCCUCAGCGGGUGAGUGGUUCCUGGAUGGGCAGGCCCUGAAGGCCAGCAGUGUGUUUGAGAUCCACUGUGAUCGCACGUGGCACAUGCUUACCAUCCGGGAGGUGCCUGCCAGCCUGCACGGGGCGCAGCUGAAGUUCGUGGCCAAUGGCAUUGAGAGCAGCAUCCGGAUGGAGGUCCAGGCGGCACCAGGGCUGACUCUCCACAAGCCGCCAGCCACAGCUGCCCGGGAGGUGCUGGCUCGGCUGCAUGAGGAGGCGCAGCUGCUGGCUGAGCUGUCAGAUCAGGCUGCGGCUGUGACGUGGCUGAAGGAUGGUCGCAUGCUGCCCCCAGGCCCCAAGUAUGAGGUGCAGGCAUCGGCCGGGAGGCGGGUGCUCCUUGUGCGAGAUGUGGCCCGGGAAGAUGCAGGCCUCUAUGAGUGCGUCAGCUGCGGGGGCCGCAUUGCCUACCAGCUGUCCGUGCAAGGCCUCCCGUGCUUUCUGCACAAGGACAUGGCAGGCAGCUGUGUGGAUGCCCUGGCUGGGGGCCCGGUGCAGUUUGAGUGUGAGACUUCCGAAGCCCAUGUCCACGUGCACUGGUACAAGGAUGGCAUGGAGCUGGGCCGCUCCGGUGAGCGCUUCUUGCAGGAGGAUGUGGGGACGCGGCACCGGCUGGUGGCAGCCACAGUCACCAGGCAGGAUGAGGGCACCUACUCCUGCCGUGUGGGCGAGGACUCUGUGGACUUCCGGCUCCGCGUCUCUGAGCCCAAGGCGGUGUUUGCCAAGGAGCAGCCGGCUCGCAGGGAGGUUCAGGCCGAGGCGGGGGCCAGCGCCACGCUGAGCUGUGAGGUGGCCCAGGACCAGACGGAGGUGACAUGGUACAAGGACGGGAAGAAGCUGAGCUCCAGCUCGAAAGUGCACGUGGAGGCCGUGGGCUGUACGCGGAGGCUGGUGGUGCAGCAGGCGGGCCAGGCAGACGCUGGGGAGUACAGCUGUGAGGCGAGGGGACAGAGGGUCUCUUUCUGCUUGGAUGUUGCAGAGCCCAAGGUGGUGUUUGCCAAGGAGCAGCUGGCACACAGGAAGCUGCAGGCAGAGGCAGGAGCCAGUGCCACACUGAGCUGCAAGGUGGCCCAGGCCCAGGCAGAAGUGACGUGGUACAAGGACGGGAAGAAGCUGAACUCCAGCUCGAAAGUGCGCAUGGAGGCCACAGGCUGCACGCGAAAGCUGGUUGUGCAGCAGGCAGGCCAGGCGGAUGCCGGGGAGUACAUCUGCGAGGCUGGGGGCCAGAGGCUGUCCUUCCAUCUGGACGUCAAAGAGCCCAAGAUGAUGUUUGCAAAGGAGCAGUCGGUGCAUAAUGAGGUGUGGGCUGAAGUGGGGGCCAGUGCCAUAUUGAGCUGUGAGGUGGCCCAGGCUCAGAUGGAAGUGAAGUGGUACAAGGAUGGGAAGAAGCUGAGCUCUAGCUCAAAAGUGCGCAUGGAGGUCAAGGGCUGCACAAGGAGGCUGGUGGUACAGCAGGUGGGCAAGGCAGAUGCUGGGGAGUACAGCUGCGAAGCUGGGGGCCAGAGGGUCUCCUUUCAACUGUACAUCACAGAGCCCAAGGCGGUGUUUGCCAAGGAGCAAUCAGUGCAUAAUGAGGUGCAGACUGAGGCAGGAGCCAGCGCCACACUGAGCUGUGAGGUGGCCCAGGCCCAGACGGACGUGACAUGGUACAAGGACGGGAAGAAGCUGAGCUCCAGUUCGAAAGUGCGUGUAGAGGCCACAGGCUGCAUGCGGCAGCUGGUGGUGCAGCAGGCAAGCCAGGCAGAUGCUGGGGAGUACAGCUGUGAGGCCGGGGACCAGCGGCUCUCCUUCCACCUGGAUGUUUUGGAGCCCAAGGUGGUGUUUGCAAAGGAGCAGCCAGCACACAGGGAGGUGCAGACCGAGGCGGGGGCCAGUGCCACGCUGAGCUGCGAGGUGGCCCAGGCCCAGACAGAGGUGACGUGGUACAAGGAUGGGAAGAAGCUGAGCUCCAGCUCGAAAGUGCGAAUGGAGGCCGCGGGCUGCACACGGAGGCUGGUGGUGCAGCAGGCGGGCCAGGCGGACGCUGGGGAGUACAGCUCCGAGGCCGGGGGCAAGCGGCUCUCCUUCCGCCUGCACGUGGCAGAGCCCAAGGCAGUGUUUGCCAAGGAGCAGCCAGUGCGCAGAGAGGUGCAGGCCGAGUUGGGGACCAGUGCCACGCUGAGCUGCGAGAUGGCCCAAGCCCAGACAGAGGUGACGUGGUACAAGGAUGGGAAGAAACUGAGCUCCAGCUCGAAAGUGCGAAUGGAGGCCGUGGGCUGUACACGGAGGCUGGUGGUACAGCAGGCGGGCCAGGCAGACGCUGGGGAGUACAGCUGCGAGGCCGGGGGUCAGCGGCUCUCCUUCCGCCUGCACGUGGCAGAGCCCAAGGUGGUGUUUGCCAAGGAGCAGCCGGCGCACAGGGAGCUGCAGGCUGAGGUGGGGGCCAGUGCCACCCUGAGCUGCGAGGUGGCCCAGGCCCAGACGGAGGUGACAUGGUACAAGGACGAGAAGAAGCUGAGCUCCAGCUCGAAAGUGCGCGUGGAAGCCGUGGGCUGCACACGGAGGCUGGUGGUGCAGCAGGUGGGCCAGACAGAGGCUGGGGAAUACAGCUGCGAGGCUGGGGGUCAGCGGCUCUCCUUCCACCUGCACGUGACAGAGCCCAAGGUGGUGUUUGCCAAGGAGCAGCCGGCACACAGGGAGGUGCAGGCUGAGGCAGGGACCAGUACCAUGCUGAGCUGCGAGGUGGCCCAAGCCCAGACGGAGGUGAUGUGGUACAAGGACAGGAAGAAGCUGAGCUCCAGCUCGAAAGUGCGUGUGGAGGCCGUGGGCUGCACACGGAGGCUGGUGGUGCAGGAGGCAGACCAGGCGGAUGCCGGGGAGUACAGCUGCGAGGCUGGGGGCCAGCGGCUCUCCUUCCACCUACAUGUGGCUGAGCCCAAGGUGGUGUUUGCCAAGGAGCAGCCGACAUGCAGGGUGGUGCAGGCGGAGGCGGGGGCCAGCGCCACACUGAGCUGUGUGGUGGCCCAGGGCCAGAUGGAGGUGACGUGGUACAAGGAUGGGAAGAAGCUGAGCUCCAGCUCGAAAGUGCACAUGGAGGCCGAGGGCUGCACACGGAGGCUAGUGGUGCAGCAGGUGGGCCAGGCAGACGCUGGGGAGUACAGCUGUGAGGCGGCGGGCCAGAUGCUCUCCUUCCACCUGCACGUGGCAGGGCCGGAGCCCCAAAUUUCAGAGAGACCCUGCCGCAGGGAGCCUCUGGUGGUCAAGGAGCAUGAAGACAUCGUCCUGACUGCCACGCUGGCCACACCCUCUGUGGCCACGGUGACCUGGCUUAAGGAUGGUGUGGAGAUUCGCCGCAGCAAGCGGCACGAGACAGCCAGCCAGGGGGACACCCACACCCUGACCGUGCAUGGCGCUCAGGUGCUGGACAGUGCCGUCUACAGCUGCCGUGUGGGCGCAGAGGGGCAGGACUUCCCAGUGCAGGUGGAAGAGGUGGCCGCCAAGUUCUGUCGGCCGCUGGAGCCUGUGCGCGGUGAGCUGGGCGGCACGGUGACACUGGCCUGUGAGCUGAGCUCAGCGUGUGCAGAGGUGGUGUGGCGCCGUGGCAGCACGCAGCUUCAGGUGGGCAAGCGCUUCCAGAUGGUGGCCGAGGGGCCUGUGCGCUUGCUCACUGUGUUGGAGCUGCGCGCAGAGGACGCGGGAGAGUACGUAUGCGAGAGCCGUGAUGACCACACCAGUGCGCAGCUCACUGUCAGUGUACCCCGAGUGGUGAAGUUUGUGUCUGGGCUGAGCGCCGUGGUCGCGGAGGAGGGCUGCAAGGCCACCUUCCAGUGUGUGGUGUCCCCCAGUGAUGCAGCAGUCGUGUGGUUCCGGGACGGUGCCCUGCUACAGCCCAGCGAGAAGUUUGCCAUAUCACAGAGUGGCGCCAGUCACAGCCUGACUAUCUCGGGCCUGGUGCUGGAGGACGCGGGCCAGAUCACUGUGGAGGCUGAGGGCGUCUCAUCCUCUGCUGUCCUGAGGGUCCGAGAGGCGCCCGUGCUGUUUAAAAAGAAGCUGGAGCCGCAGACAGUGGAGGAGCGGAGUUCCGUGACCCUGGAGGUGGAGCUGACACGGCCGUGGCCGGAGCUGAGGUGGACACGGAACGCAGCGGCCCUGGCGCCAGGAAAGAACGUGGAGAUCCACGCCGAGGGUGCCCGCCACCGCCUGGUUCUGCACAACGUAGGUUUUGCCGACCGUGGCUUCUUUGGCUGCGAGACUCCGGAUGACAAGACACAGGCCAAACUCACCGUGGAGAUGCGCCAGGUACGGCUGGUCAGGGGCCUGCAGGCAGUGGAGGCACAGGAGCAGGGCACGGCUACCAUGGAGGUGCAGCUGUCGCAUGCGGACGUGGAGGGCAGCUGGACUCGCGACGGCCUGCGGCUCCAUCAGGGGCCCACGUGCCACCUGGCUGUGCGGGGCCCCACACACACCCUCACGCUCUCCGGGCUGAGGCCAGAGGACAGUGGCCUUAUAGUCUUUAAGGCUGAAGGAGUGCACACGUCGGCACUGCUCGUGGUCACCGAGCUGCCUGUGAACUUCAGCCGCCCACUGCAGGAUGUGGUGACCACCGAGAAGGAGAAGGUUACCCUGGAGUGUGAGCUGUCGCGUCCUAAUGUGGAUGUGCGCUGGCUAAAGGACGGUGUAGAGCUGCGGGCAGGCAAGACGGUGGGCAUCACGGCCCAGGGCACCUGCAGGAGCCUCACCAUUUACCGGUGCGAGUUCGCGGAUCAGGGCAUGUAUGUGUGUGAUGCCCAUGACGCCCAGAGCUCUGCCUCUGUGAAGGUGCAAGGCCGCAAUAUCCAGAUCGUGAGGUCCCUGGAGGAUGUGGAAGUGAUGGAGAAGGACGGUGCCACCUUCUCCUGUGAGGUCUCCCACGACGAAGUGCCUGGCCAGUGGUUCUGGGAGGGCAGCAAACUGCGGCCCAGUGACAACGUGCGCAUCCGCCAAGAAGGAAGGACAUACACUCUCAUCUACCGGAGGGUACUGGUGGAAGAUGCAGGAGAGAUCAAAUUUGUAGCUGAAAAUGCAGAAUCGCGUGCCCAGCUCCGAGUGAAGGAGCUGCCAGUGACCCUCGUGCGCCCUCUGCGGGACAAGAUUGCCAUGGAGAAGCACCGCGGUGUAUUGGAGUGUCAGGUGUCCCGGGCCAGCGCCCAGGUGCGGUGGUUCAAGGGCAUUCAGGAGCUGCGGCCCGGGCCCAAGUACGAGCUGGUCAGUGAUGGCCUCUACCGCAAGCUGAUCAUCAGUGACGUCCAGGCAGAGGACGAGGACACCUACACCUGCGACGCCGGCGACGUCAAGACUAGCGCAAAGUUCUUUGUGGAAGAGCAAUCCAUCACCAUUGUGCGGGGUCUGCAGGACGUGAUGGUGAUGGAGCCCGCUCCUGCCUGGUUUGAGUGUGAGACUUCCAUCCCCUCAGUGCGGCCACCUAAGUGGCUCCUGGGGAAGACAGUGUUGCAGGCUGGGGGGAACGUGGGCCUGGAGCAGGAGGGCACGGUGCACCGGCUAAUGCUGCGGCGGACCUGCUCCACCAUGACCGGGCCCGUGCACUUCACCAUCGGCAAGUCUCGCUCCUCUGCCCGCCUGGUGGUCUCAGACAUCCCCGUAGUCCUCACACGGCCGUUGGAGCCCAAGACAGGGCGUGAGCUGCAGUCAGUGGUCCUGUCCUGCGACUUCCGGCCAGCCCCCAAGGCUGUGCAGUGGUACAAGGAUGACACGCCCCUGUCUCCCUCUGAGAAGUUUAAGAUGAGCCUGGAGGGUCAGAUGGCCGAGCUGCGCAUCCUCCGGCUCAUGCCUGCCGAUGCUGGUGUCUACCGGUGCCAGGCGGGCAGCGCCUACAGCAGUACUGAGGUCACUGUGGAAGCGCGGGAGGUGACAGUGACAGGGCCGCUGCAGGAUGCAGAGGCCAUGGAGGAGGGCCGGGCCAGCUUUUCCUGUGAGCUGUCCCAUGAGGACGAGGAGGUCGAGUGGUCGCUCAACGGGAUGCCCCUGUACAACGACAGCUUCCAUGAGAUCUCGCACAGGGGCCGGUGCCACAGGCUGGUACUGAAGAGCGUCCGGCGGACUGAUGCAGGCAUAGUAUGCGCUUCUUCCCCCAAGGUGUCAACCUCUGCCCACCUGGAGGUCCGAGUGAAGCCGGUGGUGUUCUUGAAGGCGCUGGAUGACCUGUCCGCAGAGGAGCACAGCACCCUGGCCCUGCAGUGUGAGGUCUCUGACCCCGAGGCCCAUGUGGUGUGGCACAAAGAUGGCGUGCAGCUGGGCCCCAGCGACAAGUAUGACUUCCUGCACACGGUGGGCACGCGGGGGCUCGUGGUGCAUGACCUGAGCCCCGAGGACGCCGGCCUGUACACCUGCCACGUGGGCUCCGAGGAGACCCGAGCCCGGGUCAGCGUGCACGAUCUGCACGUGGGCAUCACCAAGAGGCUGAAGACAGUGGAGGUGCUGGAGGGGGAGAGCUGCAGCUUCGAGUGCGUCCUGUCCCAUGAGAGUGCCAGCGACCCAGCCAUGUGGACAGUCGGUGGGAAGACGGUGGGCAGCUCCAGCCGCUUCCAGGCCACACGUCAGGGCCGAAAAUACAUCCUAGUGGUCCGGGAGGCUGCGCCGAGUGAUGCUGGGGAAGUGAUCUUCUCUGUGCGGAGCCUCACCUCCAAGGCCUCACUCAUUGUCAAAGAGAGGCCGGCGGCCAUCAUGAAGCCCCUGGAAGACCAGCGGGUGGCGCUAGGGGAGGAUGUGGAGCUGCGCUGUGAGCUGUCACGGGCGGGCGCGCCUGUGCGCUGGCUGAAGGAUGGGAAGGCCAUCUGCAAGAGCCAGAAGUAUGAUGUGGUCUGUGAGGGCACGAUGGCUGUGCUGGUCAUCCGCGGGGCGUCGCUCAAGGACAUGGGCGAGUACACGUGUGAGGCGGAGGCUUCCAAGAGCACAGCCAGCCUCUGUGUGGAAGAAAAAGCAAACUGCUUCACAGAGGAGCUGACCAACCUGCAGGUGGAGGAGAAAGGCACAGCUGUGUUCACGUGCAAGACGGAGCGCCCCGCGGCCACAGUGACCUGGCGCAAGGGCCUCUUGGAGCUACGGGCCUCAAGGAAGCACCAGCCCAGCCAGGAUGGCCUGGCCCUGCAGCUCACCAUCAGUGCCCUGGAGAAGGCAGACAGCGACACCUACACCUGUGACAUUGGCCAGGCCCGGUCCCAGGCCCAGCUCCUAGUGCAAGGCCAGAGAGUGCACAUCAUCGAGGACCUGGAGGACGUGGAUGUGCAGGAGGGCUCCUCGGCCACCUUCCGUUGCCGGAUCUCCCCGGCCAACUACGAGCCUGUGCACUGGUUCCUGGAUAAGACACCCCUGCAUACCAACGAGCUCAAUGAGAUCGAGGCCCAGCCUGGGGGCUACCACGUGCUGACCCUGCGGCAGCUGGCGCUCAAGGACUCGGGCACCAUCUACUUCGAGGCGGGUGACCAGCGGGCCUCGGCCGCCCUGCGGGUCACUGGUAAGCCAAGUGUCUUCUCCCGGGAGCUCACAGAUGCCACCAUCACAGAGGGUGAGGACUUGACCCUGGUGUGCGAGACCAGUGCCUGCGACAGCCCUGUGUGCUGGACCAAGGAUGGGAAGACCCUGCGGGGAUCUGCCCGGUAUCAGCUGAGCCACGAGGGUCACCGGGCCCAGUUGCUCAUCACUGGGGCCACCCUGCAGGACAGCGGACGCUACAAGUGUGAGACUGGGGGCGCCUGCAGCAGCUCCAUUGUCAGGGUGCACGCCCGGCCAGUGCGGUUCCAGGAGGCCCUGAAGGACCUGGAGGUGCGGGAGGGUGGUGCUGCCACACUGCGCUGUGUGCUGUCGUCUGUGGCUGCACCCGUGGAAUGGUGCUGUGGAGACAAUGUCCUGAGGCCAGGUGACAAAUACAGCCUACGCCAGGAGGGUGCUGUGUUGGAGCUGGUGGUCCGCGACCUCCGGCCGCAGGACAGCGGGCGGUACUCAUGUUCCUUCGGGGACCAGACUACUUCUGCCACCCUCACGGUGACUGCCCUGCCUGCCCAGUUCAUCGGGAAACUGAGAAACAAGGAGGCCACAGAAGGGGCCACGGCCACACUGAGGUGUGAGCUGAGCAAGGCAGCCCCCGUGGAGUGGAGAAAGGGGUCCGAGACCAUCAGAGAUGGGGACAGAUACUGCCUGAGGCAGGACGGGGCCAUGUGUGAGCUGCAGAUUCGUGGCCUGGCCAUGGUGGAUGCUGGGGAGUACUCGUGUGUGUGUGGAGAGGAAAGGACCUCGGCCUCACUCACUAUCAGGGCCAUGCCUGCCCACUUCAUAGGAAGACUGAGACACCAAGAGAGCACAGAAGGAGCCACAGCCACGCUGCGGUGUGAGCUGAGCAAGGCGGCCCCCGUGGAGUGGAGGAAGGGCCGUGAGAGCCUCAGAGAUGGGGACAGACACAGACUGAGGCAGGAUGGGGCUGUGUGUGAGCUGCAGAUCUGUGGCCUGGCCGUGGCAGAUGCUGGGGAGUACUCCUGUGUGUGUGGGGAGGAGAGGACCUCCGCCACUCUCACCGUGAAGGCUCUACCCGUCAAGUUCACAGAGGGUCUGAGGAAUGAAGAGGCCACAGAAGGGGCAACGGCCACGCUGCGGUGUGAGCUGAGCAGGGUGGCCCCUGUGGAGUGGUGGAAGGGGCAUGAGACCCUCGGAGAUGGAGACAGACAUAGCCUGAUGCAGGACGGGGCCAGGUGUGAGCUGCAGAUCCGCGGCCUGGUGGCAGAGGACGCUGGGGAGUACCUGUGCAUGUGCGGGAAGGAGAGGACCUCAGCCAUGCUCACCGUCAGGGCCCUGCCUGCACGAUUCACUCAAGAUCUGAAGACCAAGGAGGCCUCAGAAGGGGCCACAGCUACACUGCAGUGUGAGCUGAGCAAGGUGGCCCCUGUGGAAUGGAAGAAGGGUCCUGAGACCCUCAGAGAUGGCGGCAGAUACAGCCUGAAGCAGGAUGGGACGAAGUGUGAGCUGCAGAUCCAUGACCUGUCUGUGGCAGAUGCUGGGGAAUACUCAUGCGUGUGUGGACAAGAGAGGACCUCGGUCACGCUCACCAUCAGGGCCCUGCCCGCCAAGUUCACAGAGGGUCUGAGGAAUGAAGAGACCAUGGAAGGGGCCACAGCCACACUGCAAUGUGAGCUGAGCAAGGCAGCCCCUGUGGAGUGGAGGAAAGGCCUCAAGGCUCUCAGAGAUGGGGACAAGUACAAGCUAAGACAAGAAGGGGCUGUGUGUGAGCUGCAGAUUCAUGGCCUGGCUAUGGCAGAUACCGGGGUGUACUCAUGUGUGUGUGGGCAGGAGAGGACCUCAGCUACACUCACUGUCAGGGCCCUGCCUGCCAGAUUCAUAGAGAAUAUGAGAAGUCAGAGGGCCACAGAAGGGACUACAGUCACACUGCAAUGUAAGCUAAGAAAGGCAGCCCCCGUGGAGUGGAGAAAGGGGCCCAACACCCUCAAAGAUGGGGACAGAUACAGCCUGAAGCAGGAUGGGACCAGGUGUCAGCUGCAGAUUCGUGGCCUGGUCAUAGCAGAUGCUGGAGAAUACUCGUGCAUAUGUGAGCAGGAGAGGACCUCGGCCACGCUCACCAUCACGGCCCUCCCGGCCAGAUUCAUAGAAGAUGUGAGAAAUCACGAGGCCACAGAAGGGGCCACGGCUGUGCUGCAGUGUGAGCUGAGCAAGGUGGCCCCUGUGGAGUGGCAGAAGGGGUCUGAGACCCUAAGAGAUGGGGACAGAUACAGUCUGAGGCAGGACGGAACGAGGUGUGAGCUGCAAAUUCGUGGCCUGGCUGUGGAGGAUACUGGAGAGUAUUUGUGUGUAUGCGGGCAGGAGAGGACCUCAGCUAUACUCACCGUCAGGGCCCUGCCAGCCAGAUUCAUAGACAACAUGACAAACCAGGAGGCCAGAGAAGGGGCCACAGCCACACUGCAGUGUGAACUGAGCAAGGCGGCCCCAGUGGAGUGGAGGAAGGGACCUGAAACCCUCCGAGAUGGGGACAGACACAGCCUGAGGCAGGAUGGGACCAGGUGUGAGCUGCAGAUUCAUGGCCUGGCUGCGGCAGAUGCCGGGGAGUACUCGUGCAUUUGUGGGCAGGAGAGGACCUCAGCCACACUCACCAUCAGGGCCUUGCCUGCCAAGUUCACAAAGGGUCUGAAGAAUGAAGAGGCCACAGAAGGGGCCACAGCUAUGCUGCAAUGUGAGCUGAGCAAGGCGGCCCCUGUUGAGUGGAGGAAGGGACCUGAAACCCUCAGAGAUGGGGACAGAUAUAGCCUGAGGCAGGAUGGGACCAGAUGUGAGCUGCAGAUUCAUGGCCUGUCCGUGGCAGACACUGGGGAGUACUCGUGUGUAUGUGGGCAGGAGAAGACGUCGGCCACUCUCAUUGUCAAGGCCCCACAGCCAGUGUUCCGGGAGCCGCUGCAGAAUCUGCAGGCAGAGGAGGGCUCCACAGCCACCCUGCAGUGUGAGCUGUCUGAGCCCACUGCUACAGUGGUCUGGAGCAAGGGUGGCCUGCAGCUGCAGGCCGAUGGACACCGGGAGCCACGGCUUCAGGGCUGCACUGCGGAGCUGGUGUUACGGGGCCUACGACGUGAAGACACUGGAGAAUACACUUGCACCUGUGGCUCCCAGGCCACCAGUGCCACCCUCACUGUCACAGCUGCCCCUGUGCGGUUCCUCCAAGAGCUGCAGCCCCAGGAGGUGGAUGAGGGAGGCACAGCACACUUACGCUGUGAGCUGAGCCGGGCGGGUGCAAGCGUGGAGUGGCGCAAGGGCUCCCUGCAGCUCUUCCCUUGUGCCAAGUACCAGAUGGUGCAGGAUGGUGCAGCUGCAGAGCUGCUGGUACGUGGAGUGGAGCAGGAGGAUGCGGGUGACUACACGUGCGACACGGGCCACACACACAGCAUGGCCAGCCUCUCUGUCCGUGUCCCCAGGCCCAAGUUCAAGACCCGGCUGCAGAGCCUGGAGCAGGAGACAGGUGACAUAGCCCGGCUGUGCUGUCAGCUGAGUGAUGCAGUGUCGGGGGCCACGGUGCAAUGGCUCAAGGAGGGUGUGGAGCUGCAUGCAGGCCCCAAGUACGAAAUGCGGAGCCAGGGGGCCAUGCGGGAGCUGCUGAUCCACCAACUGGAGGCCAAGGACACGGGCGAGUAUGCCUGCGUGACAGGCGGCCAGAAAACCACUGCCUCCCUCAGGGUCACAGCUCCUGAGGUGACCAUCCUGGAGCCCCUGCAGGACGUACAGCUCAGUGAGGGCCAGGAUGCCAGCUUCCAGUGCCGGCUAUCCAGAGCUUCAGGCCAGGAAGCCUGCUGGGCUUUAGGAGGGGUGCCCCUGCAGGUCAACGAGAUGAAUGACAUCGCUGUGGAGCAGGGCACACUCCACCUGCUUACCCUGCACAAGGUGACCCUUGAAGAUGCUGGAACUGUCAGUUUCCACGUGGGCACGUGUAGCUCUGAGGCCCAGCUGAAAGUCACAGCCAAGAACACGGUGGUGCGGGGGCUGGAGAACGUGGAGGCGCUGGAGGGCGGCGAGGCGCUGUUCGAGUGCCAGCUGUCCCAGCCCGAGGUGGCUGCCCACACCUGGCUGCUGGACGACGAACCCGUGCGCACCUCGGAGAACGCCGAGGUGGUCUACUUCGAGAACGGCCUGCGCCACCUGCUGCUGCUCAAAAACUUGCGGCUGCAAGACAGCUGCCGGGUGACCUUCCUGGCUGGGGAUAUGGUGACGUCCGCAUUCCUCACGGUCCGAGGCUGGCGCCUGGAGAUCCUGGAGCCGCUGAAAAAUGCGGCGGUCCGGGCCGGCGCGCAGGCCCUCUUCACCUGCACGCUCAGCGAGGUGGUGCCCGUCGGAGAGGCGUCUUGGUACAUCAAUGGUGCCGCGGUGCAGCCGGAUGACGCCGACUGGACUGUCACCGCCGACGGCAGUCACCACGCCCUACUGCUGCACAGCGCCCAGCUCCUCCACGCCGGGGAGGUCACCUUCGCUUGCCGCGACGCCGUGUCUUCUGCGCGACUCACCGUCCUGGGCCUCCCUGACCCCCCAGAGGAUGCUGAAGUGGUGGCUCGCAGCAGCCACACUGUGACACUGUCUUGGGCAGCUCCCAUGAGUGAUGGAGGCGGUGGUCUCUGUGGCUACCGCGUGGAAGUGAAGGAGGGGGCCAUGGGCCAGUGGCAGCUGUGCCAUGAGCUGGUGCCUGGACCCGAGUGUGUGGUGGAUGGCCUGGCCCCCGGGGAGACCUACUGCUUCCGUGUGGCAGCUGUGGGCCCAGUGGGUGCUGGGGAACCGGUUCACCUGCCCCAGACUGUGCGGCUUGCAGAGCCACCGAAGCCUGUGCCUCCCCAGCCCUCUGCCCCUGAGAGCCGGCAGGUGGCAGCUGGUGAGGAUGUCUGUCUGGAGCUUGAGGUGGCAGCUGAGGCUGGCGAGGUCAUCUGGCACAAGGGCACGGAGCGCAUCCAGCCCAGUGGGCGGUUCGAGGUGGUCUCCCAGGGUCGGCGACAGAUGCUGGUGAUCAGGGGCUUCACGGCAGAAGACCAGGGCGAGUACCACUGUGGCCCAGCCCAGGGCUCCGCCUGCCCCACGGCUGCCACCUUCCAGGUGGCGCUGAGCCCAGCCUCUGUGGAUGAGGCCCCUCCUCAGCCCAGCCUGCCCCUCGAAGCAGCCCAGGAGGGCGACCUGCACCAACUGUGGGAGGCCCUGGCUCGGAAACGUCGCAUGAGCCGUGAGCCCACGCUAGACUCCAUUAGCGAGCUGCCUGAGGAGGAUGGCCGCUCACAGCACCUGCCACAGGAGGCAGAGGAGGUGGCACCUGAUCUCUCUGAAGGCUACUCCACGGCUGAUGAGCUGGCACGCACUGGAGAGGCUGACCUCUCACACACCAGCUCUGACGAUGAGUCCCGGGCAGGCACCCCUUCCCUGGUCACCUACCUCAAGAAGGCUGGGAGGCAAGGCACUUCACCACUGGCCAGCAAGGUUGGGGCCCCAGCAGCCCCCUCUGUGAAGCCACAGCAGCAGCAGGAGCCGCUGGCUGCUGUGCGCCCACCGCUGGGAGACCUGAGCACCAAAGACCUGGGUGAUCCCUCAAUGGACAAGGCAGCUGUGAAGAUCCAGGCCGCCUUUAAGGGCUACAAGGUCCGGAAGGAGAUGAAGCAGCAGGAAGGGCCUAUGUUCUCCCACACAUUUGGGGACACUGAGGCACAGGUAGGGGAUGCCCUGCGGCUGGAGUGUGUCGUGGCCAGCAAGGCAGAUGUGCGAGCCUGCUGGCUGAAGGAUGGUGUGGAGCUGACCGACGGGCGGCACCAUCACAUCGACCAGCUUGGGGAUGGCACCUGUUCUCUGCUGAUCACUGGCCUGGACCAUGCUGAUGCUGGCCACUACACCUGUCAGGUGAGCAACAAGUUUGGCCAGGUGGCCCACAGUGCCUGCGUGGUGGUCAGUGGGACAGAGAGUGAGGCUGAGAGCUCCUCUGGGGGUGAGCUGGACGAUGCCUUCCGCCGGGCUGCCCGGCGGCUGCACCGGCUCUUCCGCACCAAAAGCCCGGCUGAGGUUUCAGACGAGGAGCUCUUCCUGAGUGCAGAUGAGGGCCCUGCAGAGCCAGAGGAGCCCGCGGACUGGCAGACAUACCGUGAAGAUGAGCAUUUCAUUUGCAUCCGUUUUGAGGCACUCACUGAGGCCCGCCAGGCGGUAACUCGCUUCCAGGAGAUGUUUGCCACACUGGGCAUCGGGGUGGAGAUCAACCUGGUGGAGGAGGGGCCUCGGAGGGUAGAGAUGCGCAUCAGCAAAGAGGCCCCUGCCCCUGUGGUGCCUCCAGAGCCGUUGCCCAGCCUACUGACUUCUGAUGCUGCCCCAGUGUUCCUGACCGAGUUGCAGAACCAAGAAGUACAGGAUGGGUAUCCUGUGAGCUUUGACUGCGUGGUGAGAGGUCAGCCCAUGCCCAGUGUGCGCUGGUUCAAGGAUGGGAAGUUGUUGGAGGAGGAUGACCACUACAUGAUUAAUGAAGACCAACAGGGUGGCCAUCAGCUCAUCAUCACAGCCGUGGUGCCAGCAGACAUGGGUGUCUACCGCUGCCUGGCCGAGAACAGCAUGGGUGUCUCCUCCACCAAGGCUGAGCUCCGUGUGGACUUGACAAGCACAGACUAUGACACUGCAGCGGAUGCCACGGAGACCUCAUCCUACUUCAGUGCCCAAGGCUACUUGUCCAGCCGGGAGCAGGAGGGAACAGAGUCCACCACUGAUGAGGGCCAGCUGCCCCAGGUGGUGGAGGAACUGAGAGACCUCCAGGUGGCCCCUGGCACACGCCUGGCCAAGUUCCAGCUCAAGGUGAAAGGCUACCCUGCUCCCAGAUUAUACUGGUUCAAAGAUGGCCAGCCCCUGACCGCAUCUGCCCACAUCCGCAUGACUGACAAAAAGACCCUGCAUACCCUGGAGAUCAUCUCAGUCACUCGGGAGGACUCUGGCCAGUAUGCGGCCUACAUCAGCAAUGCCAUGGGUGCCGCCUACUCAUCUGCCCGGCUGCUGGUCCGAGGCCCCGAUGAGCCAGAAGAGAAGCCUGCAUCAGAUGUGCAUGAGCAGCUGGUGCCACCCCGAAUGCUGGAGAGGUUCACCCCCAAGAAAGUGAAGAAAGGCUCCAGCAUCACCUUCUCCGUGAAGGUAGAAGGACGCCCGGCGCCCACCGUGCACUGGCUCAGGGAGGAGGCUGAGAGGGGUGUCCUGUGGAUUGGCCCUGACACGCCAGGCUACACCAUGGCCAGCUCUGCACAGCAGCACAGCCUGGUCCUGCUGGACGUGGGCCGGCAGCACCAGGGCACCUACACGUGCAUCGCCAGCAACGCUGCCGGCCAGGCCCUCUGCUCUGCCAGCCUGCGCGUCUCGGGCCUGUCUAAGGUGGAGGAGCAGGAGAAAGUGAAGGAAGCACUGAUUUCCACUUUCCUGCAGGGGACCACACAAGCCGUCUCAGCACAGGGGUUGGAAACUGCGAGUUUUGCUGACCUUAGUGGGCAGAGGAAAGGAGAGCCUCUGGCUGCCAAGGAGGCCCUCAGACACCUGUCCCUUGCUGAGGUGGGCACAGAGGAGUUGCUGCAGAAACUGACCUCCCAGAUCACUGAGAUGGUAUCGGCCAAGAUCACGCAGGCCAAGCUGCAGGUGCCUGGAGGUGACAGCGAUGAUGACUCCAAGACACCAUCUGCAUCCCCUCGCCACGGCCGAUCACGGCCAUCCUCCAGCAUCCAGGAGUCUUCCUCAGAGUCAGAGGAUGGCGACGCCCGAGGCGAGAUCUUUGACAUCUACGUGGUCACCGCCGAUUACCUGCCCCUGGGAGCUGAGCAGGAUGCCAUCGCACUGCGGGAAGGCCAGUAUGUGGAGGUUCUGGAUGCAGCCCACCCACUGCGCUGGCUCGUCCGCACCAAGCCCACCAAGUCUAGCCCCUCACGGCAGGGCUGGGUGUCACCAGCCUACCUGGACAGGAGGCUCAAGCUGUCACCUGAGUGGGGGCCUGCUGAGGCCCCUGAGUUCCCCGGGGAGGCCGUGUCUGAAGAUGAAUACAAGUCAAGGCUGAGCUCUGUGAUCCAGGAGCUACUGAGUUCUGAGCAGGCCUUCGUGGAGGAGCUGCAGUUCCUGCAGAGCCACCACCUACAGUACCUGGAGCACUGCCCCCACGUGCCCGCAGCUGUGGCCAGCCAGAAGGCAGUCAUCUUCCGCAAUGUGCGGGACAUCAGCCUCUUUCACAGCAGCAGCUUCCUGCAGGAGCUGCAGCAAUGUGACACGGACGACGACGUGGCCAUGUGCUUCAUCAAGAACCAGGCAGCCUUUGAGCAGUACCUGGAGUUCCUGGUGGGGCGCGUGCAGGCUGAGUCGGUGGUCGUCAGCACGGCCAUCCAGGAGUUCUACAAGAAAUAUGCGGAGGAGGCCCUGUCGGCAGGGGACCCCUCUCAGCCCCCACCGCCACCUCUACAACACUACCUGGAGCAGCCGGUGGAGCGGGUGCAGCGAUACCAGGCCUUGCUGAAGGAGCUGAUCCGCAACAAGGCGCGGAACAGACAGAACUGCGCGCUGCUGGAGCAGGCCUAUGCCGUGGUGUCUGCCCUGCCGCAGCGCGCCGAGAACCAGCUGCACGUGUCCCUCAUGGAGAAGUACCCGGGCACCCUGGAGGCCCUGGGCGAGCCCAUCCGCCAGGGCCACUUCAUCGUGUGGGAGGGUGCGCCAGGGGCCCGAAUGCCCUGGAAGGGCCACAACCGUCACGUGUUCCUCUUCCGCAACCACCUGGUAAUCUGCAAGCCCCGGCGAGACUCCCGCACCGAUACCUUCAGCUACGUGUUCCGGAACAUGAUGAAGCUGAGCAGCAUCGACCUGAAUGACCAGGUGGAGGGGGAUGACCGUGCCUUUGAGGUGUGGCAGGAGCGGGAGGACUCGGUGCGCAAGUACCUGCUGCAGGCACGGACAGCCAUUAUCAAGAAUUCGUGGGUGAAGGAGAUCUGUGGCAUCCAGCAGCGUCUGGCCCUGCCUGUGUGGCGGCCCCCAGACUUUGAAGAGGAGCUGGCCGACUGCACAGCCGAGCUGGGUGAGACAGUCAAGCUGGCCUGCCGCGUAACGGGCACACCCAAGCCUGUCAUCAGCUGGUACAAAGAUGGGAAACCAGUGCAGGUGGACCCCCACCACAUCCUCAUUGAAGACCCUGAUGGCUCAUGUGCCCUCAUCCUGGACAGCCUGACUAGUGUAGACUCUGGUCAGUACAUGUGCUUCGCAGCCAGCGCCGCUGGCAACUGCAGUACCCUGGGCAAGAUCCUGGUGCAAGUCCCACCACGGUUCAUGAACCAGGUCCGGGCCUCGCCCUUUGUGGAGGGAGAGGAUGCCCAGUUCACCUGCACCAUCGAAGGCGCCCCAUACCCGCAGAUCAGGUGGUACAAGGACGGGGCCCUGCUGACCCCUGGCUGCAAGUUCCAGACACUGAGUGAGCCUUGCAGCGGCCUGCUAGUGCUGGUGAUCCGGGCGGCUGGCAAGGAGGACCUGGGGCUCUACGAGUGUGAGCUGGUGAACCGGCUGGGCUCCACACGAGCUAGUGCAGAGCUGUACAUUCAGAGCCCCACGCUGCAGACCCAGGAGCAGUGCCACAAGGAGCAGCUCGCGGGGGCAGUGGAAGACACCACCCUGGAGCGAGUGGACCAGGAGAUCACAUCCGUCCUGGAGAAACUGCUGGGCCCCAGGGUGCCAGACCCCUUCACAGGGGACUUCACUGGCCCCGGCCCCUGCCCCGGGGGGGCACCUGCACUCCAGGAAACCGGCUCCCAACCUCCAGUCACCAGAUUUUCGGAGGCACCCGCCGUGCCCCAGAGGGUGCCACAGCCCCUCCUCCACGAAGGCCCAGAGCAGGAGCCGGAGGCCAUUGCCAGAGCCCAGGAAUGGACUGUGCCCAUUCGGAUGGAGGGUGCAGCCAGGCCUGGGGCAGGCACAGGGGAGCUGCUCUGGGACGUCCACAGCCACGUGGUCACGGAGACCACACAGAGGACCUACACAUACCAGGCCAUCCACACACACACCGCAAGGCCCCCAUCCAUGCAGGUAACCAUCGAGGAUGUGCAGGCACAGACAGGCACAACGGCCCAAUUCGAGGCUGUCAUUGAGGGCGACCCACAGCCCUCGGUGACCUGGUACAAGGACAGCGUCCAGCUGGUGGACAGCACCCGGCUUAGCCAGCAGCAAGAAGGCACCACAUACUCCCUGGUGCUGAGGCAUGUGGCCUCGAAGGAUGCCGGUGUUUACACCUGCCUGGCCCAAAACGCUGGUGGCCAGGUGCUCUGCAAGGCAGAGCUGUUGGUGCUUGGGGGUGAGUUGGUCGACCCCUCCUGGGCCCAGGCUCUGCAGCUGGGCUGGCCAGGGGACAAUGAGCCGGACUCAGAGAAGCAAAGCCACCGGAGGAAGCUGCACUCCUUCUAUGAGGUCAAGGAGGAGAUUGGAAGGGGUGUGUUUGGCUUCGUGAAAAGAGUGCAGCACAAAGGAAACAAGAUGUUGUGCGCUGCCAAGUUCAUCCCCCUGCGGAGCAGAACUCGGGCCCAGGCAUACAGGGAGCGAGACAUCCUGGCCGCGCUGAGCCACCCGCUGGUCACGGGGCUGCUGGACCAGUUUGAGACCCGCAAGACCCUCAUCCUCAUCCUGGAGCUGUGCUCAUCCGAGGAGCUGCUGGACCGCCUGUUCAGGAAGGGUGUGGUGACAGAGGCCGAGGUCAAAGUCUACAUCCAGCAGCUGGUGGAGGGGCUGCACUACCUGCACAGCCACGGCGUUCUCCACCUGGACAUAAAGCCCUCUAACAUCCUGAUGGUGCAUCCUGCCCGGGAAGACAUUAAAAUCUGCGACUUCGGCUUUGCCCAGAACAUCACCCCAGCAGAGCUGCAGUUCAGCCAGUACGGCUCCCCUGAGUUCGUCUCCCCCGAGAUCAUCCAGCAGAACCCUGUGAGCGAGGCCUCCGACAUCUGGGCCAUGGGUGUCAUCUCCUACCUCAGCCUGACCUGCUCAUCCCCAUUUGCCGGCGAGAGUGACCGUGCCACCCUCCUGAACAUCCUGGAGGGUCGCGUGUCAUGGAGCAGCCCCAUGGCUGCCCACCUCAGCGAAGACGCCAAAGACUUCAUCAAGGCUACGCUGCAGAGAGCCUCUCAGGCCCGGCCUAGUGCAGCCCAGUGCCUCUCCCACCCCUGGUUCCUGAAAUCCAUGCCUGCGGAUGAGGCCCACUUCAUCAACACCAAGCAGCUCAAGUUCCUCCUGGCCCGAAGUCGCUGGCAGCGUUCCCUGAUGAGCUACAAGUCCAUCCUGGUGAUGCGCUCCAUCCCUGAGCUGCUGCGGGGCCCUCCUGACAGCCCCUCCCUCGGUGUGGCCCGGCACCUCUGCAGGGACACUGGUGGCUCCUCCAGUUCCUCCUCCUCCUCUGACAAUGAGCUCGCCCCAUUCGCCCGGGCUAAGUCACUGCCACCCUCCCCGGUUACGCACUCGCCACUGCUGCACCCCCGGGGCUUCCUGCGGCCCUCGGCCAGCCUGCCUGAGGAGGCCGAGGCCACUGUGCCCUCUGCCGAGGCCUCAGCUCUGCCUGCAUCUCCUGAGGGUGCUGGGCCACCAGCUGCCCAGGGCUAUGUCCCCCGGCACAGCGUCAUCCGCAGCCUGUUCUACCAGCAGGCGGGUGAGAGCCCUGAGCUUGGGGCCCUGGCCCCGGGGAGCAGGCGGCACCCGGCCCGGCGGCGUCACCUGCUGAAGGGCGGGUACAUUGCGGGGGCGCUGCCUGGCCUGCGCGAGCCACUGAUGGAGCACUGCACGCUGGAGGAGGAGGCUGCCAGGGAGGAGCAGGCCACCCUCCUGACCAAAGUCCCCUCCUUUGAGACUGCCCUCUGGCUGCCUGCGUCUGGCACCCACUUGGCCCCUGGCCACAGCCGCUCCCUGGACACGGAACAUGACCCUCCGAGCACCCCACGUCGCUCCCCAGAGGCCUGCUGUGAGGCACAGCGACUGCCUUCAGCCCCCUCUGGGGGAGCCCCUAGGAGGGACAUGGGGCACCCUCAGGGCUACAAGCAGCCUCCAUCCACUGGUGGCCACCCAGGCACUGCUCAGCCAGAGAGUCCAUCCCUGGACCACCCUUGGGGACAGCCAGCCCCUUUCUGUCAUGCCAAGCAGGGUUCUGCCCCCCAGGAGGGCUGCAGACCCCACUCAGCAGUUGCCCCAUGCCCUCCUGGCUCCUUCCCUCUAGGAUCUUGCAAAGAGGCCCCCUUAGUACCCUCAAGCCCCUUCUUGGGACAGCCCCAGGUACCCCCUGCCCCUGCCAAAGCAAGCCCCCCACUAGACUCUAAGAUGGGGCCUGGAGACAUCUCUCUUCCUGGGAGGCCAAAACCUGGCCCCUGCAGUUCCCCAGGGUCAGCCUCCCAGGCGAGCUCUUCCCAAGUGAGCUCCCUCAGGGUGGGCUCCUCCCGGGUGGGCACAGAGCCUAGCCCCUCCCUCGAUGUUGAGGGCUGGUCCCAGGAGGCUGAGGAUCUGUCUGACUCCACACCCACCCUGCAGCGGCCUCAGGAACAGGUGACCACGCGGAAGUUCUCCCUGGGAUGUCGCGGGGGCUACGCAGGUGUGGCUGGCUAUGGCGCCUUUGCCUUUGGUGGAGAUGCGGGGGGCAUGCUGGGGCAGGGACCCAUGUGGGCCAGGAUAGCCUGGGCUGUGUCCCAGUCCUCAGAGGAGCAGGAGGAGGCCAGGGCUGAGAGCCCACCGCCCCAGAUCAGUGCAAGGCCUGUGCCUGAGGUCAGCAGAGUUCCCUCUAGGAGCUCUCCAGAGCCCACCCCAUGGGAGGACGUUGGGCAGGUCUCCCUGGUGCAGAUCCAGGACCUGUUAGGUGAUGCAGAGGCGGCUGACACAAUAUCCCUGGACAUUUCCGAGGUGGACCCCGCCUACCUCAACCUCUCGGACCUGUACGACAUCAAGUACCUCCCAUUCGAGUUUAUGAUCUUCAGGAAAGUGCCCAAGCCGGCUCAGCCAGAGCCACCCUCCCCCAUGGGUGAGGAGGAGCUGGCCGAGUUCCCGGGGCCCAUGAGGCCCUGGCAAGGUGAAAUGGGCCCCCACGCAGGCCUGGAGAUCACAGAGGAACCAGAGGAUGUGGAUGCGCUGCUGGCGGAGGCUGCCGUGGGCAGGAAGUGCAAGUGGUCCUCACCGUCACGCAGCCUCUUCCACUUCCCUGGGAGGCACCUGCCACUGGAUGAGCCUGCGGAGCGGGGACUGCGUGAGAGAGUGAAGGCCUCCGUGGCGCACAUCUCCCGGAUCCUGAAGGGCAGGCCGGAAGGUCUGGAGAAGGAGGGGUCCCCCAGGAAGGAGCCAGGCCUUGCUUCCUUCCGGCCGUCAGGUCUGAAGAGCUGGGACCGAGCGCCGACAUUCCUAAGGGAGCUCUCAGAUGAGACUGUGGUCCUGGGCCAGUCAGUGACACUGGCCUGCCAGGUGUCGGCCCAGCCAGCUGCCCAGGCCACCUGGAGCAAAGAUGGAGCCCCCUUGGAGAGCAGCAGCCGUGUCCUCAUCUCCACUACCCUCAAGAACUUCCAGCUUCUGACCAUCCUGGUGGUGGCAGCUGAGGACCUGGGUGUGUACACCUGCAGCGCGAGCAAUGCGCUGGGGACAGCGACCACCACGGGUGUCCUCCGGAAGGCAGAGCGCCCCUCAUCCUCGCCAUGCCCGGAUAUUGGGGAGGUGUACGCGGAUGGGGUGCUGCUGGUCUGGAAGCCCGUGGAAUCCUACGGCCCUGUGACCUACAUUGUGCAGUGCAGCCUAGAAGGCGGCAGUUGGACCACACUGGCCUCCGACAUCUUUGACUGCUGCUACCUGACCAGCAAGCUCUCCCGGGGCGGGACCUACACCUUCCGCACGGCAUGUGUCAGCAAGGCAGGAAUGGGCCCCUACAGCAGCCCCUCGGAGCAAGUCCUCCUGGGAGGGCCCAGCCAUCUGGCCUCUGAGGAGGAGAGCCAGGGGUGGCCAGCCCAACCCCUGCCCAGCACAAAGACCUUCGCAUUCCAGACACAGAUCCGGAGGGGCCGCUUCAGUGUGGUGCGGCAGUGCUGGGAGAAGGCCAGCAGGCGGGCGCUGGCGGCCAAGAUCAUCCCCUACCGCCCUAAGGACAAGAUGGCAGUGCUGCGUGAAUACGAGGCCCUCAAGGGCCUGCGCCACCCGCACCUGGCCCAGUUGCAUGCAGCCUACCUCAGCCCCCGGCACCUGGUGCUCAUCUUGGAGCUGUGCUCUGGGCCCGAGCUGCUCCCCUGCCUGGCUGAGAGGGCCUCCUACUCAGAAUCGGAGGUGAAGGACUACCUGUGGCAGAUGCUGAGCGCCACCCAGUACCUGCACGCCCAGCACAUCCUGCACCUGGACCUGAGGUCUGAGAACAUGAUCAUCACGGAAUACAACCUGCUCAAGGUCGUGGACCUGGGCAAUGCACAGAGCCUCAGCCAGGAGAAGGUGCUGCCCUCAGAGAACUUCAAGGACUACCUAGAGACCAUGGCUCCAGAGCUCCUGGAGGGCCAGGGGGCUCUUCCGCAGACAGACAUCUGGGCCAUCGGUGUGACAGCCUUCAUCAUGCUGAGCGCCGAGUACCCGGUGAGCAGCGAGGGUGCACGCGACCUGCAGAGAGGACUGCGCAAGGGGCUGGUCCGGCUGAGCCGCUGCUACGCGGGGCUGUCCGGGGGCGCCGUGGCUUUCCUGCGCAGCACUCUGUGCGCCCAGCCCUGGGGCCGGCCCUGCGCGUCCAGCUGCCUGCAGUGCCCGUGGCUGACAGAGGAGGGCCCGGCGUGUUCGCGGCCCGCGCCCGUGACCUUCCCUACGGCGCGACUGCGCGUCUUCGUGCGCGAUCGCCAGAAGAGACGGGCGCUGCUGUACAAGAGGCACAACCUGGCCCAGGUGCGCUGAGGGUCGCUCGGGGCCGCACCUCUCGGUCUCCCCGCUAGGACUAGCUGUAGACGCGACAAUAAAAACGCACAGCCGGGCGAGAA